AUGACAUUUAAACUGAAGAAGGUGUCCUCAGCAGAUUCAAAUUCCGGGUAUUUCCUGGAAAAGAAGUUCCCAGGGUUUUAUGAUUUUGUAGAAGAUGAUAUGGAAGCUCAGAGAGGACUCACAGCUGGAGGUGGUAGUGCUGAAAUUGCAGUCCAGUUUUACUAUGUUCCAGAGCCUAUGUCUUCACUCCACGGCCCCGCAAUCACUUUGACCUGUCCCCAGAGAUUGCCCAUCCCUUGUGCUAUGGUAAAGAAUGUUAACUUAAAUCUUCUGGAGAGAAGGGAGCUGGAAGACAAGAAUGGUAGCCCCGGGGUACAGAAGUCUCAAGUUGGGAGCCCCGGGUGGUUAGCUGUGGCGGCCGUGAAGACCCUGAACCCCAAGGCCGAGGUGGCCAGAGCCCAGGCGGCCCUGGCGGUCAACAUCAGCGAGGCCCGGGGGCUGCAGGACGUGCUGAGGACCAACUUGGGGCCUAAGGGCACCAUGAAGAUGCUUGUUUCUGGUGCUGGAGACAUCAAGCUUACUAAAGAUGGCAAUGUGCUGCUUCAUGAAAUGCAAAUUCAACAUCCAACAGCUUCCUUAAUAGCCAAAGUAGCAACGGCCCAGGAUGACAUAACUGGUGAUGGUACCACGUCCAAUGUCCUAAUCAUCGGAGAACUACUGAAACAGGCGGAUCUCUCCAUUUCUGAAGGUCUUCAUCCCAGAAUAAUAACAGAAGGAUUUGAAGCUGCAAAGGAAAAGGCACUUCAGUUUUUGGAACAAGUCGAAGUGUGCAAAGAAAUGGAUAGAGAAACACUUAUAGACGUGGCCCGAACGUCUCUACCUACUAAAGUACAUGCUGAGCUUGCUGAUGUCUUAACAGAGGCUGUGGUGGAUUCCAUUUUGGCCAUUAAAAAACAAGAUGAACCUAUUGACCUCUUCAUGGUUGAGAUCAUGGAGAUGAAACAUAAAUCUGAAACUGAUACAAGCUUAAUCAGAGGUCUUGUUUUGGACCAUGGGGCACGGCAUCCUGAUAUGAAAAAAAGAGUAGAAGAUGCAUACAUCCUCACGUGCAACGUGUCAUUAGAAUAUGAAAAAACAGAAGUGAAUUCUGGCUUUUUUUAUAAGAGUGCAGAAGAGAGAGAGAAACUUGUAAAAGCUGAAAGAAAGUUCAUUGAAGAUAGAGUUAAAAAAAUAAUAGAACUGAAAAAGAAGGUCUGUGGUGAUUCAGAUAAAGGAUUCGUGGUUAUUAAUCAAAAGGGAAUUGACCCCUUUUCCUUAGAUGCCCUUGCAAAAGAAGGCAUAGUAGCUCUGCGGAGAGCUAAAAGGAGAAAUAUGGAAAGGCUGACUCUUGCUUGUGGUGGAGUAGCUCUAAAUUCCUUGGAUGACCUAAAUCCUGAUUGUUUGGGACAUGCAGGACUUGUCUAUGAGUAUACAUUGGGAGAAGAGAAAUUCACCUUUAUUGAGAAAUGUAACAACCCUCGCUCUGUGACAUUAUUGAUCAAAGGACCAAAUAAGCACACACUCACUCAAAUCAAAGAUGCAAUAAGAGAUGGCUUGAGGGCUGUUAAAAAUGCUAUUGAUAACGGCUGUGUAGUUCCAGGGACUGGUGCAGUGGAAGUGGCAAUGGCCGAAGCCUUGAUUAAAUAUAAGCCCAGUGUAAAGGGCAGGGCCCAACUUGGAGUACAAGCAUUUGCUGAUGCGUUGCUCAUUAUUCCUAAGGUUCUUGCUCAGAAUUCUGGUUUUGACCUUCAGGAAACACUAGUUAAAGUUCAAGCAGAACAUUCAGAAUCAGGUCAACUUGUGGGUGUGGAUUUGAACAUAGGUGAGCCAAUGGUAGCUGCUGAAGUAGGCAUUUGGGAUAACUAUUGUGUGAAGAAACAGCUUCUUCACUCCUGCACUGUGAUUGCCACCAACAUUCUUCUGGUUGAUGAGAUCAUGCGAGCUGGAAUGUCUUCUCUAAAAGGCUGAAUUGAAGCUUCCCUUGUGUCAUCUGUAUCAUGAAGACUACAGCGAUCCUAAGAAUAUAGCUAUGGAGUUUUCAUCCAAACUUCAAAUGAUUUUCAAGAACAUUUUCUUUUCCCAUAUGAAAAAGAACACUGACACUCAAAUUCUGAAGUUCUGAAAUUAUAAUAACAGUAUUUUUUUAAUUGCACUGCAGUGUACACACAUUAAGCAGGCCAUUUUCACCCAAUGAACAGGAUGUUUUGCUUUAGCUUCAGUGACCUAAAAGUACCAUGUUAGACAAGUAUAUGUUAUCUACCUUAUUAUUAAAUGGUCCUUGAAAAC